AUGUCAACUCGUAUGAUAGCUUUAGAAAGAGAUAUAGUUGCUUAUUUUCUAUCACGAAGAGAGGAUUUCAAACCAAAUGUUACGAAUCGAGUUCAGCCAAUCAUGCGCUUUCCGGUGAUCAUUACAAGUAAACAUGAACCAGUUGGCUCUCAAAGUCAUUUUAGGAAGCACAGACCGACACCACCGUCGUUCUCAUCUACAUAUAGUCGGCCACCAUACAUCUGGACAUCAAAUCCGGUUAGUUCUCAUGUUGAUGAUCAUCAUCAGCAUUGGGUAGAUUGUACGUGUUCAGAAUGGAAUGAUUGCCAACACAGAGAAGAUUGUCCAUGUUCUGUAUAUUAUAUCAAUCAUCAAGAUUAUCACGAUUAUCACGAUGACACAGAACAUGAAGAACAUCAUCAUCACGAUGAUCAUGAGCACGGAGAACAUGAAGAACAUCAUCAUCCCGGUGAGCAUGAGCACGGAGAACAUGAAGGAUAUCUUACUCAUAGUCAUCAUGAACAUGAAGGACAUCAUAAUUACAGUCAUCAUGAGCAUGGAGAACAUGAAUCUGAUUAUGCAGAUGGCGUAGUGUAUAUUUCGCCACAAACCAGUCAAUUUGGUCAAGAUUAUACACCAGCAGUAGAGUAUAUUUCAUCGGACACUAAUGAAUUCGGUCAAGUGCAUACACCAGAGGUAGUGUAUGCUUCACCAGAAGCAUAUGAAUUUGAUCAAGAAUAUACAUCGGGCAUAAACAACUCACAUUAUUACGAAGGCAGUGAGGUUCAAGGAGAUACGACAUAUUUUGCAAGCCCGGGAAGCUUUUAUUGA